UCACAAGGGAGGUGGUUCGUAGCCAGUGGAAGGAUGAAAAACCCUUAGGAAGAAAUUAGAGAAAAGAUUGUUCCAUGACAACACCAAGGUCCAACUCAUGGUCUCCAAAGUCUUGCUAGACUCAAUUGGAUUUACAUGCAUCCAACUGAGACCAGAUCUAGGACUCCAUCUUUUCUCAUGAUCAGGAGAUUGUUGCUUCACCAACAAAACUGAGAGAAUGGAGAAGCCAGCACCCACAAAGCCUGCAAAGCCCACAAAGCCCACAAAAUCCACAAAGCCUGCAUCACCAGAAGAAGCACCAGUGGAGGCAGAACCACCUGCAACUAUAACUGAUGAAAAAACUGAAAGGGUGGAGACGCCAACACCCGAAAAGGGUGCAGAGUCCAUAGAUAAUGAAGCACCCAGAAAGGAUUCAGCAACAGCAGCAGCAGCAGCAGCAGCAGAUGAAACUGGUGCAUCUGGUUUUCAGAGCAUGGUUGCUUUCAUCACAUCUCCAACGGGUGAAAGAUUUGUUGUACUUGAGAUUUUCAUCCUUACUGCCAUGACACUGCUGAUUUUCCUUCUAUAUCAGAAGGAAAUGAAAAAGAGAGAGGAGAUUCAAAUGGCAAUGAACAUGAUUCGAAACUUUGUUGUUGGGACUGAUAAAUUCUAUGAGGACAAGGAUGACUUCCAAAUACUCGCUGCAGCUCAAAACUUAUCAGAGGAAGUGCGGUAUCUUGUCAAAAGAAAUGAUCAACUGCAAAAGGAAAUUGACAUCCUUACUAGAAACUUGAAAGAUGGCUGGGUUAUAUUUUCAAAUUCGUUCUAUCUGUUUUCUGCUGAGCUACGCUCAUGGAUGGAUUCCCAAAGAAAGUGUGAGAGGGAAGGCGCCAAGCUCAUUUCUAUAGAAACAUUGGAAGAACAGUUUUUUAUAAACCAUGAAGUAAAAAGUCGUAGAAAGUUUUUUUGGACUGGACUCUUUAAAGACAAGGAAGAGGUUUGGAAAUGGCUAUCAGGGAAACUACCUGAAUUCCAGUACUGGAAUUUCUAUUCGCCACAUGAUGAAUUGAACCAUGACUGCACUGCAAUGAGCUUUGAUUGCGUUGAUGGUUGCUGGAUGGCAUUAGAAUGUCAUCUACAAAUGCCGUAUAUUUGUAAGAAGGUGCCAGAUGAUGCUUGGCUCUAAGAAGACACCUUAAGAUGAAUGAAAUUGGAUCCCAUGAUCUCUACACAAAAGCAAAACCAAGAGAUCACUUCCACCCCGAUGUUUUAAUGCACAAUUCACACUCUGCCAUCUAGAUUAUGGGACUCUUUGGCAUCAGCCCUCAAAAACACCUUGAAAAGACCUUAUUCUGCAGGAUCACACAUAGAUGGCUACAAAAAU